AUUUUAAUGUGGCAACCAAAAUUAAAGGCGCAGCUCUGCCACUCAAAACAUAACCCAUCCAAUUUUACAAAUCCGAACUCUGCUUCUGCAAUGGCUUCUUCUCUUGCCUGUCUUCCCUUCUUCUUGCUUUUGCUGCCAUGUUUAUUGCUCGCUCAAAAUACAGGUAAUAUAGAGGUGGGAGACUCCAUCACUGCAGUUGAUAAUGGAGCACAACCAUGGCUUUCUCCUUCAGGGGAUUUUGCUUUUGGGUUUCGCCAGCUUGAGAAAAGAGAACUUUACUUGCUCGCUAUAUGGUAUAACAAAAUUCCUGACAAAACCAUAGUCUGGUAUGCCAAUGGAGAUAACCCUGCACCAGCAAGAUCCAAGCUAGAGCUAACUGCUGAUCGUGGGCUAGUUCUUACUAGCCCUCAAGGCACAGAGAUUUGGAAAUCUGAUGUCAACUUGGGGGAUGCUGAAAAUGGUUUCAUGAAUGAUACAGGCAACCUCAUACUAUCAAAUUCAGCCUCUGAAAUUUUAUGGCAGAGCUUCGAUCAUCCGACUGAUACAUUGUUGCCUGGACAGACACUGAAGAGAUUGUCGCCGGGACAGACACUGGAAAGUGGUGGCCAAAUGCUUUCUUCUAGACUAACAGAGACCAAUUUCUCUCGUGGAAGGUUUCAGUUUCGUUUGAUUCCAGAUGGGAAUGCUGUGCUCAAUACUAACAAUUUGCCUACUGGUUUUGCAUAUGAAGCCUAUUUCUGGAGCAAUACUGUAGAUUCUAACACAUCAAAUGCUGGGUUGCGAGUAGUAUUCGAUGAUUCAGGCUACUUGUAUGUGUUGCGAGCAAGCGGUAAACGAGAACUCCUCACUACAGGAACAGUUGCCUCAGCUGCAGAAAAUUAUCACAGAGUUACUCUCAAUUUUGAUGGGGUUUUAGUCCAGUAUACGCGCCCAAGGAAUUCCACUGGCAAUGGAGGAAAUUGGUCAAUUAUUCGUUCCAUGCCAGAUAAUAUCUGCACAGAUCUUGUUGGACAAAAAGGAACUGGGCCUUGUGGUUUUAAUGGUAUCUGCCAACUUAGCAGAGAUCGGCGACCAACCUGCAGCUGCCCACAAAGAUUUUCUCUACUUGAUCCAAAUGACGAUUAUGGAGGCUGCAGACCCGAUUUUUACGCUCAAUUUUGCGAAGAUGUGUCUAAUUCUCCAAAAGAUUUUGAUUUCUUGGAGCUGGAGAAUACUGAUUGGCCAACAUCUGAUUACGAGAUGUAUACACCUUAUAAUAUCGAAGAAUGCCAGAAAGCUUGUAGCGAAGAUUGCUUCUGCAAUGUAAUUGUGUUUAAAGAAGGAACAUGCUGGAAGAAGAAGCUGCCACUCUCAAAUGGUAGGCUAGAUGAAAAAGUUAAUGGAAAGGCAUUUAUAAAAAUAAGAAAGGAUGAUUCUACACGACGAGAAACUCCUUCGGGACCUCUUCCAUUCCCCUAUGAAAAGAAGAACAAGGAUAAUUUGGCCCUUGUGGUGUCUGUGCUCUUAGGAGGCUCUGUGCUCGUCAACUUGGUAUUGAGUUUUUAUUCUUUCUUCUUCUCCCACAACAAAUCCAAAAGGAUCCCUCAAGGUACAGAAAGAGGUGCAGAAUCCAAUUUGCGGUGCUUUAGCUACAAGGAGCUCUUUAUUGCAACAGAUGGCUUCAAAGAAGUGGUAGGAAGGGGAUCUUUUGGCAUAGUUUAUAAAGGCUUAUUAGAAAUGGGCACUAAAGUUCCAGUUGCAGUCAAGAAAUUGGACAAAAUAUUUGAAGAAGGUGAGAAAGAAUUCAGGACUGAAGUUAAAGUGAUUGGCCAAACCCACCACAAGAAUCUAGUCCAGCUUGUGGGAUUUUGUGCUGAGGGACAACAUCGAUUGUUGGUAUACGAGUUCCUGAGCAAUGGAACACUAGCAAACUUCCUUUUUAAAGAGGCAAAACUCGGCUGGAGCCAGAGGACCCAGAUAGCAUUUGGAAUUGCAAGAGGACUUGCAUACCUACACGAAGAGUGUAGCAGUCAGAUCAUUCAUUGUGAUAUAAAGCCUCAAAAUAUUUUGUUAGAUGACCAUUAUGAUGCCAAGAUUGCCGAUUUUGGAUUGGCAAAGCUUUUGCUGCUGGACCAGAGCCAAACGUUUACUGCUGCUAGAGGAACAAAAGGGUAUGUUGCACCAGAAUGGUUCAGGAACAUGCCAGUCACAGUAAAGGCCGAUGUGUACAGCUUCGGAGUCUUAUUGUUGGAGAUAAUUUGUGGUAGGAAAUGUGUGGAUACAGAAGUGAGUGCAGAGAGAGCAAUUCUAACUGACUGGGCUUACGAUUGCUAUCAAGAUGGAAUAAUAAGUGCUUUGGUUGAAAAUGAUGAGGAAGCCGUGAAUGAUAUGAAGAAGCUUGAGAGAUUUGUGAAGGUUGCCAUUUGGUGCAUUCAGGAGGAUCCUACUCUAAGACCAACCAUAAAAAUGGCAAUCCUGAUGCUUGAAGAUUUUGUUCAAGUUGCUGCUCCGCCGUGUCCAUGCCCAUUUACCUCUGUAGUUGGUUGAAAAACCAGCUCUGGUGGCUGACUGGCUCUUUGCAUCUCUAAGCUUUUGCAUAUUAUAAUCUAAUUGCCUUUGCAUCCUUGAUUCCUUUCUAGUUGAUUUUAGUUUAAGAAUUUUUAAAUAGAUCAUAAAGUUUGCCAUGUUGCUGAUGGGAAUAUAAAUAUAAUUCUACAGAAAUUUAGCAA